AACAAAAAGAAAAGAAAAGAAAAGAAAAGAAAACUAAAGAUGAUAAGUAGAAGACACAUUCAUUCAUUGCCCCACCUCUUCAACCUCAACUUUCCCAUCUCUCUCUCUUCAGAAAGAAUAUUAUCAUGAACAACAACAACAACAAAUACCCAGCAAAUAAAAUUACAAUCUUUACAAGAUCUAUCUAAUAAUCUUUUCUUGUGGAGAUGGGAUCUGUUGGUGUUGGUGGCAGCAACCCAAAUCCAUUUGCGCCAUACGAUACAUACAGAGAUUGCUCCCAAGGCCUCUGCAGUGUCUACUGCCCUCAGUGGUGCUACAUAGUCUACCCACCGCCACCUCCUUUCGACUUUCCCGACCAAUAUGAUAUCUCAGACCACGACCACGACUCUUCUUCCACUGACUUCUCUCCUCUCAUCAUAGCUGUAAUCGGCAUCUUGGCUAGUGCCUUCAUCUUGUUGAGUUACUACACCAUCAUCUCAAAGUACUGCCGACGCUGCCGUGGCGGUGGAAACGACGACGUUUCGGCUGGAACUGACACUGCAAACACCAGUAAUCCUCACCAGACCACUCCUUCUUCUGACCCUUCUUGUCAGUCUCCUUCAUCUGGACUGGAAGAGGGUUUGAUCAAGUCAAUUAAGGUUUACAAGUACAAGAAAGGGGAUGGGUUGGUUGAAGGUUCUGAUUGCUCUGUUUGUCUUAGUGAGUUCGAAGAAAACGAGGGUCUUAGAUUGCUUCCUAAAUGUAAUCAUGCUUUCCAUGUUCCUUGUAUUGAUACUUGGUUGAAAUCUCAUUCCAGUUGUCCUCUUUGCCGAUCCAAUAUUGCACCCUUUGUUACUGGUGUAAUGCCUCAACUUGAGUUGAGUACUGUCUCUUCUGUUAUGGAGUACCAGAGCAGAAGCAACGAGGCUGUUGUGAUUGUUGUUCGGGAUUCCGAUUCGGGUUUUGUACAAGAGGUGGAAGGAGAAGAACCAAAGACCCCAACUGGGGACUUUAAUCAGGAUCAAGCAACACAUCGUGGAUUUGGAGAUGAAGGGAUUCAGAUUCAACCACUCAGGAGAUCAGUGUCCUUAAAUUGUCAUAAUUUUUGUAAUGAUAAUCGUCUUUCAGUUGCUGAUAUAUUGCGAGCUAGUGAUGAUGAUGAUGAUGAUGAUGAUGAUGACUUGAUUAUUCAGAUUGAGAAAGAUCUUGAAUUGUUGUCAAGGGGAAUUGGUACCUCAUCAAAUUACUCAAAAGGAGAACAACAUUUCAAACCCAUUGAGAGAAGUGGAGUUCUCAACAUGGUAAGGAGUCCUCUUGCUAUGAGAAGAUCUAUUUCAACAGGGAGAUUUAUGUUUACAAGGUAUGGCAAUGGAAAAGAUUCUAUCAUUCCCAAUUGAAACUUUUUUUUAGAAGUUCUUCUCCAAAUGUAAAAAAAAAAAAAAGGCAAGAUUUUUUUCUCCCCUCUUCAGUUUAUUGUCUGUAACAUAUUAGAAAUACCAAAAGGGAAAUCCUCUUUCUCCUUUCAUAUAGAGUUCAGACUAAUUGGCUAUGUAUUCUUCUUCUUGCUCAUAUUAAAUUAUUUCACAGUAUAGAGUAAAGGAGAUGUCGUUAUGGAUGAUGCUUCAAUGAUAUUCAUUGUGUUCUGUUGA